AUGGCAGCAGUGGAACCGCUCUCAGCGGAGGCUGGCGCCACCCUGACGACGACCGCGGCGACGACGACACACACAUCCGCCCCGACACGUGUAGCACCACCACCAUCACCGGUCGACUACGACGAGAAGCCAUCGGCGACAUCACCGACGCGGCGCGGCUCCUCUGGUUCAUCGUUCAGCGACAAACCCGAUCCCGAGAAGGGCGGCGGCAGCGGCGGCGCGCGAAAUGGGAAGAAUGGCCUGCCGUGGAGGAGGUACGGCUCGUACAAUCCGCUGAGAUGGAGCGAUCCCCCACCGGUGCCGCCAGAGAGGGCUAUCAGUCAGGAGGCGGACGCGAGUCUGUGGAGUCGCGCGACGUUCAUGUGGAUGGGCGAUCUGAUGAAGAGUGCUGACGCCCCGCCAAAUCAACAGACAGGAUACCUGCGACCCCUGGAGCCCACCGACAUCCCGCUCGUCGCGCCGCGCCGAUCGGCAACAAUCAUCACCGAGAAGCUGCAAAGCGCGUUUAAGCGGCGCCAAGAGAAGGGCGACAAGUACCCGCUGCUGUGGGCGCUCAACGAGAUCUUCUUCUGGGAGUUCUGGUUCUCGGGCGUGUGCCGCCUCAUCGCCGAUAUCCUGCUCGUCAUCAACCCGUUCAUCCUGAAAUACCUGAUCCGCUUCGCCGUCGACGCGUAUAAUGCGUCCAAACAUGGCACCCCCGGACCGAGUGUGGGCAAGGGUGUCGGCCUCGCUGUCGGAAUCGCGUGCAUACAGCUGGUCGUCUGCGUCGGUGUUUCGCAGUUCAUCUACAACUCGAUGAUGGUCGGAGGGCAGGCACGAAGCGGCAUCAUCGGCAUGAUUUUCGACAAGUCGUUGAAGAUCUCGGGCAGGGCUAAGGCGGGUGGAGAUGCGGCGACCGCGUUCACCAUGGCUACGGCAAGGCAGCAAGGGAAGGAGGACAAGAACGGGAAGAAGACGAAGGAGAAGAAGGAAAAGGAGGAGGAAGUGGGCUGGUCCAACGGACGUGUGGUGAACCUGAUGGGAACGGACUCGUAUCGUGUCGACCAGGCGGCUGGAUGGUUCCAUAUCAUCUGGACGGCACCGGUGCAGAUUAUCCUGUCGCUGAUUCUGCUCCUCAUCAACUUGGGAUACUCCGCUCUUGCCGGUUUUGGGCUGUUGGUCAUUGGAAUACCGAUUCUUUCGUGGGUGGUGAAGAUCCUCGCGCGCAAGCGCAAGACCAUGAACAAGAUCACCGACAAGCGAGUCGCCCUGACACAGGAGAUCCUGACCGGCGUGCGGUUCGUCAAGUACUUUGGAUGGGAGGAGAGUUUCCUCUCGCGCUUGCAGGAUCUGCGGAACGAAGAGAUCAGUGCAGUGCAGUUCUUGCUCGGUGUCCGAAGUGGUGUCAACGCCGUCGGAAUGUCGCUGCCGAUUUUUGCGUCCAUGCUCGCCUUUGUUACCUACUCGUUGACCGACAAUAGUCUGGAUCCCGCCUCCGUCUUCUCGUCGCUAGCACUGUUCAACGCCCUCCGAAUGCCACUCAAUAUGCUUCCCCUCGUCAUCUCGCAAACUAUCGAUGCGUGGGUAUCCAUGUCGCGGCUUCAGGAUUAUCUUCUCGCCGAGGAGACUACUGACCGAGUCGUACAUGACGAAGAAUUGGAAGCGGCCAUCCAAGUAGACAACGCCAGUUUCACUUGGGAACAGACAAUGCCGGAGUCGGAGAAAAAGAAGUCCAAAUCGUCGCGGAAACAGAGGAAGCUGGAUGCUGCUACUGCCGCCACUGCGGCUGCCGAGAAGGAGCAAAAUCCGGACGUACCUGGUAACACCACCCCAGUCUCACCGUUCCAUCUUGACGCCAUCAACCUCUCCGUGUCUCGCCACGAACUCCUGGCCGUCGUUGGAUCCGUCGGAUGCGGCAAGAGCUCGCUCCUAGCAGCUCUGGCCGGUGAUAUGCGCAAGACGGAAGGAAGCAUCAAAAUGUCGGCAAAGCUCGCAUACUGUCCACAGUACGCGUGGAUCCAGAACGCCACCGUCCGUGAGAACAUCGUCUUCGGCAAGGAAUUCGACCCGGAAUGGUAUGCGGCGGUUGUGGAGGCUUGUGCGCUCGAAAGGGACUUAGACAUGUUGCCGGACGGAGACAGGACCGAGAUCGGAGAGCGGGGUAUUACCGUGUCUGGUGGACAGAAGCAGAGGCUCAACAUCGCCCGUGCCAUCUAUUUCAAUGCCGAUAUCGUGCUGAUGGAUGACCCGCUCUCUGCCGUCGAUGCGCACGUCGGAAAGCACCUGUUUGAUAAGGCCAUUUGUGGGCUGCUGAAGGAUAAAUGCAGGAUCUUAGCUACACAUCAGCUUCACGUACUCGACAAGGUGGACAGAGUGGUGUGGAUGGAGGAGGGCAGGAUCCAAGCUACCGGCACCUACACUGAGCUUAUGCAGAACAAUCUGGGCUUCGCCGAGAUGAUGAAGGAGAUCGCGACGGAGAAGAAGGAAGAGGAGAAGCUCAACAAAACUGCCGAUGGUGAUGAGAUCUUGGAGGAAGCGGUUGAUGUGGAGGAGGAGGAAGCGGCCGUAUUGACGAGGAAGAAGACUCCUGCCGCAGCAGCAGCAGCAUUAAUGCAGACCGAGGAACGAGCGGUCGCCAGUGUUUCAUGGAAGGUCUAUGAGGCUUAUAUCAAAGCUUCCGGCACGAUACUCAUCGCUCCCGCCAUUGUCAUUUUGCUGGUCGUUAUGCAGGCGUCUAAUAUCUGGACGACGCUUUGGCUGGGAUACUGGACGAGCGAUCACUACAACCUCUCGAACGGUGCCUAUAUCGGAAUCUUUGCCGCUCUCGGUACUAUCCAGUCCAUCCUGAUGUUCGUUUUCGCAUUCGGUCUCACAAUCGCGGGUACCAAAUCCAGCCGUGUUCUCUUGCAGAAGGCCAUGAAGUCGACUCUGCGCGCCCCGAUGAGCUUUUUUGACACGACACCUAUUGGCCGCAUCGUCAACCGCUUCUCUAAGGACGUGGAUGUGAUGGACAACAUGCUGACGGACGCCAUCCGCAUGUACUUUCUCACUUUGGCCAUCAUCUCAUCGGUCUUCGUCCUGAUCAUCGUCUACUUCUACUACUUUGCCAUCGCGCUUUUCCCCCUCUCGCUCAUAUUCCUCUUUGCCGCCUCUUACUACCGUUCCUCAGCACGCGAAGUCAAGCGUCAUGAAGCAGUCUUACGUUCCCAUGUAUUCGCCAAAUUCGGCGAAUCCCUCACUGGAGUAGCAUCGAUCCGCGCGUACGGUCUCGAGGACCGGUUCAAGAACGUGCUGCACAAGGCGGUGGAUGAGAUGAAUGGCGCGUACUUCAUUACCUUCGCCAACCAGCGCUGGCUCUCGACCCGUCUCGACGUGAUCGGAAUUCUACUCGUAUUCACCACCGCGAUUCUAGUUGUCACCUCGCGCUUCAGCGUCCAUCCAUCUAUCGCCGGUGUCGUGCUCAGCUACAUCCUCAUGAUCGUCAUGAUGCUGCAGUGGAUGAUCCGGCAGUUGGCGGAGGUAGAGAACGCGAUGAAUGCGACUGAGCGCAUUCAUUUCUAUGGCACAUCACUGCCCGAGGAGGCGCCGCUACGCACAAACGCACAAGUGCCACUUUCGUGGCCGGAAAAGGGCACGGUGGAAUUCAAGAGAGUGGGCAUGCGUUACCGACCCGGACUCCCGCUGGUCCUGAAGGACCUGAAUCUCACGAUCCCGGGCGGCAGCCGAGUAGGAGUCGUUGGCCGCACCGGUGCCGGAAAGAGCUCCAUCACCUCCGCGCUCUUCCGCCUAGUCGAACUGGCGGAAGGUAGCAUCACCAUCGACGGCGUCGACAUCUCCACCCUCGGGCUGGCCCUGCUCCGCAGCAAACUCGCCAUCAUCCCCCAAGAUCCCACACUCUUCCGCGGUACGAUCCGUAGCAAUCUCGAUCCCUUCCAUACCUACAAGGAUGAGGAGCUGUACGCCGCCUUGCGAUCGAGCUCCCUCGAUUCUACGGUCACCUUGGAAUCGAUGGUCGACGAGGAAGGGUAUAACUUUUCGCUCGGACAGAGACAGCAGAUUGCGCUUGCGCGCGCGUUGGUCAGGAAUAGUCGUGUGGUCGUCGCGGACGAGGCGACGAGUAGUGUUGAUGUUGAGACGGAUCGGAUUAUUCAGAAGAGUAUGAAGGAGGGGUUCGAGGGAAGGACGCUGGUGUGUGUCGCCCACAGGUUACGGACAGUGGUGGGAUACGACAUGAUUGUCGUCAUGGAGGCGGGUCAGGUUGUUGAGGUGGGCCCGCCAGGAGAGCUGUGGAGACGCGGAGGCGUCUGGAGGGGAAUGUGUGAUCGUAGUGGCAUCUCUGAGGCGGAUUUUGAGUUUGCGAAGGAGGAGUAG